UGAGACCUGGCAAGGAGCACAUGAGACUCACAAAACAACUUCCACAACAAUAACAAGAAGAGCUAGGCAGAGAGGAAGAGGAGAGGAGAGGAGGCAGCAGCAAGAGCAGCAGUGCCGGGACGCUCCUAUUUUUCUAAUGUAAAAGAUCACCCUGAACCAUGGAGGUCCUGCAGUGUGAUGGCUGCGAUUUUCGAGCUCCAUCCUACGAAGACCUGAAAGCUCACAUUCAGGAUGUUCACACUGCUUUCCUGCAGCCAACUGAUGUCUCUGAGGAGAGUCCUACCCAGCCAAGGUCUGGUUCCAUCAACGCCAGCAACCAGACCGAGGUUGAAUUUUCUUCUGUAAAGGAUGAAUUCGCAAUUGCAGAUGACAUAGCAGGGCAAAAUGCAACAAGUCAGAUGGGGACUGGAAGUUACUAUAGCCAGAGCCAGACUUUCUAUGGCCAGCAUAUGGCUCCAAACCCUAAACCAACCAGCAAGUUUUUCCAGUGCAAGUUCUGUGUGCGUUACUUCCGUUCCAAAAACCUCCUCAUAGAGCACACACGGAAGGUUCAUGGAGCACAGGCUGGGGGGAGCUCAGUGGGGCCACCAGCUUCUAGUUCCCUAAAUUACAACAUCAUGAUGCAUGAAGGGUUUGGUAAAGUUUUCAGUUGCCAGUUCUGCACCUACAAGUCACCCAGGCGUGCGAGGAUUAUUAAGCACCAGAAAAUGUAUCACAAAAACAACCUGAAAGAGAGUUCAGCUCCUGCUGCUGCUGCUGCUGCUGCUGCUGCUGCUGCUGUGUCUGAAUCAACGUCUGCUUCUGUGCCAGUGCAGGAACCCUGCAAGGAGCUGCCGGCAGAGGUGGUGGAGCGGAGCAUUUUGGAGUCGAUGGUCAAGCCCCUGACCAAGUCUAGGGGCAACUUUUGCUGUGAGUGGUGCAGCUACCAGACACCUCGGAGGGAGCGCUGGUGUGACCACAUGAUGAAGAAGCACCGCAGCAUGGUGAAAAUCCUGUCGAGCCUGAGGCAGCAGCAGGAUGGAACCAGCGCACCUGAGGUGCAGAGUAAGAGUGCCCAGAGUGCCUCUCCAAACUCGAAUUACAUGUCCAUGAACACAACAGGACGUGAGAUGUCGAGUGCUAAUGUCUCAAACUUCAGGGGAUCUAUGGGCAAUUCACUUAUCAGGCCCAACUCUUCUACAUCUUCAAAGUUUUCUUCUGUGUCUUACCCUCAAAUGAAGCCUAAGUCACCUCACAACUCGGGCAUGGUUAAUUUGUCUGACAGAUCCCGCUAUGGAAUUGCUGAUAUGACGAAUUCUUCUGCUGACCUGGAAACAAGCAGUAUGCUAAAUGACUCCAGCUCAGAUGAAGAGCUAAAUGAAAUGGACAGCGAGAAUGGCUUAAACUCCAUGGAUCACCAGACCUCAGGAAUGUCUGCAGAGCAGCUGAUGGGAUCUGAUGGCAACAAACUAUUGGAAACAAAGGGAAUUCCCUUCAGGAGAUACAUGAACAGGUUCCAGUGUCCUUUCUGCCCUUUCCUGACGAUGCACCGCCGAAGUAUUUCCCGUCACAUUGAGAACAUCCACCUGUCUGGGAAGACGGCCGUGUACAAGUGUGACGAGUGCCCCUUCACCUGCAAGAGCUCUCUGAAGCUCGGUGCCCACAAGCAGUGCCACACAGGAGCAACAUCCGACUGGGACACCAUGAACUCCCAGGCCGAGAGCAUUGCCUCGUCCCUGAAUGACAGCGCGGUGUCCUACGAGAGUGGGAAUAUCAACGGCAGGAAGUCAGCUGGGAUGAUGGAACCCGUGCAGCCGCAGCCGCCGCAGCCGCAACCGCAGCAGCAGCAGCAGCAGCAGCAACAAUCCCCCCAGCCCCAUUCACAGCAUCCAUACAAGUGCACGUUGUGCAACUAUUCCACCACCACUUUGAAAGGCCUCAGAGUUCAUCAGCAGCACAAGCAUUCCUUCUGUGACAACUUGCCAAAAUACGAUGGGCCGCCUUCAAAUGCACCGCAGGAGAGCGAGGCAGAUGCUCACCCCUCUGCCAGCACGGUGAAGAAGAGCCAGACCUCCAUCCUUGGGCUCUCGUCUAAAAAUAACUUUGUUGCAAAAGCCCCUAGGAAGGUCUCAAAUGACUUCCCUUUAGAUCUCUCUCCCGUGAAAAAGAGAACUAGAAUUGAUGAAAUAGCGAGCAACCUGCAGAGCAAGAUCAGCCAAAACAAACAGCAGGAGGAUGCUGUGAUUAACGUAGAGGAUGACGAGGAAGAGGAGGAGGACAAUGAGGUGGAGAUAGAGGUGGAGUUAGACAGAGAGGAAGACCAAACAGAGCCAAUGAUAGAGGUUUCCAGUUCUUACGCACCCCAGCAAAUGUGGGGCAGAGAGGCUAAUGAUUCCCAGAAGGAGGCGAGCUUCAGGAGCAUGCAGCACGACUACAAUUCCACCAACGGGGCGGAGAUUGAGCUCACUUUGUCUGAGGAUGAGGAGGACUACUACUCUGCUGUCAGCAUGAAGGACCAUCAGAGCCCUAAUGCCUCUGUUCUGGGCAGCCAGUCCAACAUGUACGGUACCGACCAGAACAACGAGAAUUCGGAGUUCAGUGACUCUGGCAGGCUUUACUAUUGUAAACACUGUGAUUUCAGCAACAAAUCUGCCAGGAGUGUUAGCACCCACUACCAGCGAAUGCAUCCCUACAUCAAAUUCAGCUUUAGGUACAUCCUGGAUCCCAAUGAUCACAGUGCAGUGUACCGGUGCCUCGAGUGCUACAUUGACUAUACAAAUUUUGAGGACCUGCAGCAGCAUUAUGGGGAGCAUCAUCCUGAAGCUAUGAAUGUACUGAACUUUGAUCAUUCUGAUCUGAUCUACCGCUGCCGCUUCUGCUCUUACACAAGCCCAAAUGUUAGAAGCCUGAUGCCACAUUACCAAAGAAUGCAUCCCACAGUGAAAAUUAACAAUGCAAUGAUAUUUUCAAGCUACGUUGUUGAGCAGCAAGAAGGGCUGAACACAGAGUCUCAGACACUCAGAGAGAUCUUGAAUUCUGCUCCAAAAACUAUGGCAACCUCCACCCCCGUGGCUCGCGGGACUGGUGUGCCAGCUGGUUUUAACAAAAGUGCCACCAAGAGUUUCAGUCCUGAAUGUGAAAAUCAGAAGGAACCUUCAGUCAACACUGUGGUUGUUUAUGACUGUGACGUGUGUUCAUUUGCAAGCCCUAACAUGCAUUCAGUUUUGGUGCACUACCAGAAAAAGCACCCCGAAGAAAAGGCCUCAUAUUUCAGAAUCCAGAAGACCAUGCGUGUAGUCUCUGUUGACAGGGGCUCUGCCCUCGCCCAAAUGUCGUUUGAGCUGGGGGCUCCCAUCUCCCCGAAACUCUCCAACUUGGCUUCUCAGCCUCCAGCACCCCCGCCACCACCCCCAGACCUCUCUACUGAGCUCUACUACUGCAAACACUGUUCCUACAGCAACCGCUCCGUCGUGGGGGUGCUUGUCCACUACCAAAAGAGGCACCCGGAGAUCAAGGUCACGGCCAAGUACAUCAGGCAGGCCCCGCCGACCGCAGCCAUGAUGAGGGCAGGGGAGCUGCCGCCCGGCAUCCAGAGGCCACCGGUGUCCAUGCAGCAGCUGGGCCGCGGCGGGACCGAGAGCUCCGUGAGCCCUCCGGAGAACGAGAUGUUCUUCUGCCAGCACUGUGAUUACGGGAACCGGACCGUCAAGGGCGUGCUCAUCCACUACCAGAAGAAGCACCGCGACUUCAAAGCCAACGCGGAUGUGAUCAGGCAGCACACGGCCACCAUCAGGAGCCUUUGUGACCGCGGCCAGAAGAAAUCGGCCGGCAGCCUGCCUGCCCACGCCUCCGGCAGCGAGCGGGACAAGUCCAAGCUGAGAGCCCUCAAGUGCAGGCAGUGCAGCUACACCUCCCCUUACUUCUAUGCAUUGAGGAAGCAUAUUAAGAAAGACCACCCGACUCUGAAGGCCACGGUGACAUCCAUACUGAGGUGGGCGUUUCUGGAUGGCUUGAUAGAAGCUGGUUACCACUGUGAAUGGUGCAUUUAUUCACACACAGAGCCAAGCGGCUUGCUUGUGCAUUACCAAAGGAGGCAUCCCGAGCAUUAUGUUGAUUAUACCUACAUGGCAACCAAGCUCUGGGCAGGUCCUGAUCCUUCCCCUCCUGCCCUAGUGAUGCCAACAGAGAUGAAGACCUAUAAAUGCAGGGACUGCAUUUUUGAAGCAUCUUCUAUUUGGGAUAUUACCAAUCACUACCAAGCAUUUCACCCUUGGGCCAUGAAUGGGGAUGAAUCUGUGUUGUUAGAUAUCAUUAAGGAGAAAGAUACUGUUGAGAAAACCAUGCCACAGCCUGAUGAAGGUGGGGUCAGGAUGGAAUCUGAAGACCAGAUAGCAACACCACAGAUGGAUCAGGAUGCAGAGUGUGCAGAGGAUCCCAGCCUUUCCCAUGAAAAAACUGUGCAGCUGGCUUCUGCAAAUCCUGCCAUCUCCUCCACUCCAUACCAGUGUACAGUGUGCCAGUCUGAGUACAACAACCUGCAUGGCCUCCUGACACAUUAUGGCAAAAAGCAUCCUGGCAUGAAAGUGAAGGCAGCAGACUUUGCUCAGGAUAUAGACAUUAACCCAGGGGCUGUGUACAAGUGCAGACACUGCCCCUACAUUAACACACGCAUUCAUGGCGUCCUCACACACUACCAGAAGCGGCACCCAUCGGUAAAAGUCACUGCUGAAGACUUUGUGCAUGACGUGGAGCAGUCGACUGACAUAGCUCAGAACGACGUGGAAGAGACAAGCAGGAUUUUCAAGCAAGGCUAUGGUGCUUACCGCUGCAAGCUCUGCCCCUACACCCACGGAACCCUUGAGAAGCUGAAAAUCCACUAUGAGAAGUACCACAAUCAACCCGAGUUUGAUGUUUUUGCCCAGUCACCACCCAAGGUGUCUGCCUCAGUGGAGCCAGACAUGGUGACUGAAAUCAAGACCUCCCCAGAAAUUGCUGCUGAGGAUGUUGGAGAGGUGUCCAUGCCGGCGCCUCAUUUCUCUAGUUCUCACUUAGUGUCUCACACAGUUUUCCGGUGUCAGCUCUGUAAAUAUUUCUGCUCCACCCGGAAGGGGAUAGCAAGACACUACCGCAUCAAACACAACAACGUCCGGGCGCAGCCGGAGGGCAAGAACAACCUCUUCAAGUGUGCUCUGUGCUCCUACACCAACCCCAUCCGCAAAGGGCUCGCGGCACACUAUCAGAAAAGACAUGACAUUGAUGCUUACUACACUCACUGCCUGGCAGCCUCCAGGACAGUAAGCGACAAACCCAAUAAAGUGAUCAUUCCAUCGCCUCCCAAGGAUGACACUCCUCAGCUCAGCGAGGAGCUGAGGAGGGCUGUGGAGAAGAAGAAGUGCUCGCUCUGCUCCUUCCAGUCCUUCAGCAAGAAGGGCAUCGUGUCCCACUACAUGAAGCGCCACCCUGGUGUUUUCCCUAAGAAGCAGCAUGCCAGCAAGCUGGGGGGAUACUUCACUGCCGUGUACGCUGAUGAGCACGAAAAACCAGCUCCAGCCGAGGAGAGGAACGACUUUGAAAAGCCUGAGGUGGAGGCUGAGGCUCAGGAAAUCGAGUGGCUUCCCUUCAGGUGCAUUAAAUGUUUCAAGCUGUCCUUCAGCACGGCAGAGCUGCUGUGCAUGCAUUACACUGACCACCACAGCAAGGAUUUGAAGAGGGACUUUUCCAUACUUGGAAGUGGCACCCGCUCUCAGAGCCCUGUCUACCAGUGCAAGCACUGUGAUACAAAAUUGCAUAGCACGGCAGAGCUGACUGCACACUUGAAUGGUCACAAUGAGGAAUUCCAGAAGCGUGCCAAACGUCAGGAGAGGAGGAAGCAGCUUUUGAGCAAGCAGAAAUAUGCAGAUGGUGCUUUUGCAGAUUUCAAACAAGAGAGGGCCUUUGGACACUUGGAAGAUGUCUCAAAACUCAAGGAGAGGAAGGUGGUUGGCUACAAGUGCAAAUUUUGCGUGGAAGUCCAUCCAACACUUCGAGCCAUCUGUAAUCACCUCCGCAAGCAUGUCCAGUACGGGAAUGUCUCUUCUGUGUCGGCCACUGUGAAGGGUCUGCGAUCCCACGAGAGGAGUCACUUGGCUCUGGCCAUGUUUGCCCGGGAAGACAAGUACAGCUGCCAGUAUUGCUCCUUUGUCUCUGCUUUCAGGCACAACCUGGACCGCCACAUGCAGACCCACCACGGACACCACAAGCCAUUCCGCUGCAAGCUCUGCCCCUUCAAGUCCUCCUACAACAGCCGCCUGAAAACCCAUAUCCUCAAGGCUCACGCUGGUGAACAUGCCUACAAAUGUUCCUCCUGCUCAUUUUCCACCAUGACAAUCAGCCAGCUGAAAGAGCACUCCUUGAAAGUGCAUGGGAAAGCACUGACACUACCAAGACCCCGCAUUGUCAACCUUGCAGCCUCACACGCCCACCACACCUCCAAGAACCACACUCCUGCUGAAGAAGUGGAGGACUCUAAUGACUCUUCAUACUCGGAGCCUCCUGAUGUUCAGCAGCAGUUGAACCACUACCAGUCUGCAGCUUUGGCCAGGAACAACAACAACAUCAGCCCAAUCCCACUUUCUGGGAGUGCUGCAGGAGUGGAAAAAGCGGAAGCCAUCCUUAACUGUGAAUUUUGCGAAUUCUCCUCGGGUUACAUACAGAGCAUCCGGCGCCACUACCGCGACAAGCACGGAGGGAAGAAGCUCUUCAAGUGCAAAGAUUGUUCCUUUUACACAGGCUUUAAAUCUGCUUUUACUAUGCACGUGGAGGCCGGGCAUUCGGCAGUCCCCGAGGAAGGACCCAAAGACCUUCGCUGCCCUCUCUGUCUCUACCACACCAAAUACAAACGCAACAUGAUCGACCACAUAGUUCUGCACAGAGAGGAGAGGGUCGUUCCCAUUGAAGUCUGCCGUUCCAAGCUGUCCAAGUACCUGCAGGGAGUCGUUUUCCGCUGUGACAAGUGUACCUUCACCUGCUCCAGUGACGAGAGCUUGCAGCAGCACAUAGAGAAGCACAAUGAACUGAAACCUUACAAAUGCCAACUCUGCUACUAUGAGACCAAACACACAGAGGAGCUGGAUGCUCACCUUCGAGAUGAGCACAAGGUGAGUCGUAAUUUUGAGCUGGUUGGACGGGUUAACUUGGACCAGUUGGAGCAAAUGAAAGGGAAAACAGAGAGCUCUAGCAGUGAUGAAGAAGAAAAAGAAGAAGAGUUAAGCCCCAAGGCUCAAGAGAGAGAUCCCAUGAUGUUUCCUGACAGCAGUGCUCCAGAGAAACGCUUUCCGUGCGAGUUCUGCGGCCGAUCCUUCACCGAGGGCUCCGAGUGGGAGCGGCAUGUGCUGAGGCAUGGCAUGGCGCUGAACGAGAGCAAGCACAGGAGCGGCGAGGACAGCCAGCCCAAGGAGGACGUGGAGGACACGGCCAGCACGCUGCCAGAAGAGAAGGAAGGAAUCGAGACCAUGGUGGUGGACUACUCCCACGGUGGGGAAACAGCUGUCAGCAUGGUGGCUGCUGACCAACCUCUCCUAGACACCCCGGAGGCCAAAAACGAAUAAGAAUAAGAGUUUGGUGUGGUUCUGAUCGACAGUACUUGAACAGUGAUGAGCGGGGCGGGGCGGGCAGAAGGAAGAAAUAAAGCUGCUUUUAGGACUGAAUGAUCUAUUUUCAAAGCACUGGUACCUGUGUGAGUGUGUGUAUAUUAAAAGUUAUUUAAGUGAUGGGAUAAGUGGCUCCAUUACGUCACUGCAUCUUUUGUUUUCCUCCUGGAUCUGACGGUGGGAAGUUACGCUCAUCCUUGGACUAAUGAAGCAACUCCCCGUGUUUUUCCUACAUUACACAUCGUGCUUUGCAGUGGAGACUUCGAUUGUUUUAUGAGUGGAAGCGUCGUGAGCGUGGAAGAAGUGGUAGGGGGACAACUUUUGGACGCACAAGUUUAUGUGCGUUUUUCUAGUUUUAAUACGUAAAACGCUUUUCCAGACUGAAAGCAACUGCUUUAGAAAAGAAAAAAAAAAAAAAUUAAAAAAAAAAAGGGGAAAAAAAAAAGGAAAAAAAAAAACCACAGGG